GAAACUGUGGUGGAGGUCACCGGGAGCUGAGCAUUUCAGAUCUGCUUAGUAAACCUGGUUCACCACCAUGCUGGCUGCAAGGGUGGUGUGUCUCCGGACACUACCUUCUAGGGUUUUCCACCCAGCUUUCACCAAGGCCUCCCCCGUUGUGAAGAAUUCCAUCAUAAAGAAUCAAUGGCUCUUAACACCCAGCAGGGAAUAUGCCACCAAGACAGGAGUUGGGAUGCUCUGUGGGAAAACUGCCCAAGAACUCAAAGAAGCGGCAUUCGAACCAUUAAUGGAAAAAGUAUUUAAAAUUGACCAGAUGGGAAGGUGGUUUGUUGCUGGAGGGGCUGCUGUGGGUCUUGGCACUCUGUGUUACUAUGGCUUGGGAAUGUCUAAUGAGAUUGGAGCUAUUGAAAAGGAUGUAAUCUGGCCUCAGUAUGUGAAGGAUAGGAUACAUUCUACCUAUAUGUACUUAGCAGGAAGUAUUGGUGUAACAGCUUUGUCGGCUUUGGCAGUAGCAAGAUCUCCUGCUCUCAUGAAUUUUAUGCUGAGAGGCUCUUGGGUGACAAUUGGUGCAACUCUUGCAGCCAGGAUUGGAGCUGGAAUGCUAGUUCAAUCCAUAUUGUAUCACCAGAACAGGGGCGCAAAGCAUCUUGCUUGGUUUCUUCAUUCUGGGUCCAUGUUUCUGCCACCUAACACUGUGGCUGGUGCUACUCUGUACUCAGUGGCAAUAUAUGGUGGAUUAGUUCUUUUCAGCAUGUUCCUUCUGUAUGACACUCAGAAAGUAAUCAAACGUGCAGAGGUAACACCAAUGUAUGGACAGAACAGAUAUGAUCCAAUCAAUUCGAUGUUGGGAAUCUACAUGGAUACACUGAAUAUAUUUAUGCGCAUCGCAACUAUGCUAGCAACUGGAAGUAACAGAAAGAAAUGAAUUGGAAGUUUCUGACUCCCCAGUAUGUCAGAAGUCUUGCUGUUGAAUAGGAGCAGAUAUUCGUGGCACAGUUUGGACAAGCAGCUUUCAGUGAAGUUUAGAAGAUAAGAACCUGUCGACAUGUUUCAAAUAUUCUAGUCAUGUGACCCUUCAGGUAUGCUUUUUCUUCUAGAGAAUAAAUUCAGUAGUAGUACUCUUCCAGAUAAGAUAUAUUUUCAACUCUUAUAUGUAAAUAAUCCUAAUGUGCUUUAACAAAUGUGAAAACUAAGAUUUGUGUUAUAAGAAUUUUAAGUGUUUUUAGUUUAAUUUAUUAGAUUAAGAGAUAGCCAACAUAUUUUGGUAGAUGCAAAAUAUUGUAAUGUUAUAAGUGACUCCAAGGAUUUGAUACAGAGAG